CGGCUCUACAGGGGCAAAUGGAAGUCCCUUUAAUGUCAACGACUGGUUUGGUGAUAUCGUCAAAGCGCUGAGGACACUCGGAAGGAAGGAAGGACAUUAACAGGACGUCGCAGCAAAGGGACUCGUUCGUGGUUUCAACAAAGCGGUUCUUCGAUCCAACCAACCGCCGCCACAGACCGCCAAGGAGCUGUGUGAUCCUAUCCUUUUCUUUUAUGGACGACGAGAUGUACGAGUCCUAUUCACCAUCUUUUGUUUGGAAGGUCUUUCGCGAAGAUUAUUUCUAUGUGGCAAAAGACAUCGUUCUUGGCCUGGUGAUAACGCUGGUCAUCGGAGCGCUGUGCCUCAAAAAGGGGAAGGCGAGGAUUCAGGACAGGCCGCUACCUCCGAGGCCGACUGGUGUCCCUGUCCUAGGUUACCUGCCAUUUCUCGGAUCCAGUCCCCAGGUUACCUACAAGAAACUCGCGGCAAAAUACGGACCCAUCAUCAGAGUCAAACUAGGAUCGGAAGAUGUCGUUGUGCUAAAUGACCUGGACUCGAUCAAAGAAGGAUUGAACAAAGACGAGUUCUUGGCACGUCCUACAAAUUUUCUGUUGAAACGCGUCGGAAUUGAUGGAAUUGCAACAAUGAAUGGACAAGCAUGGGUUGACAACCGCAAGUUCUGCAUUACCGUGUUAAAAGAACUUGGAUACGGAAAGAAGAGCAUGGAAGAACAUAUAAAGGAGGAGAUUUCCCAAUUCUGCAAUGUCCUGAAAUCGUGGAAUGGCACACCGGGAAAAAUGGAAACUUUGAUUGCGUCGAGUGUCUCCAACAACAUUGCUGCACUUAUAUUUGGAGAACGUUUCAGCUACGAUGAUCCGAGGCGCAAGUUCCUCGACAAAGGAGCAAGUACAGUUUCGCGGAAUGCUAGCUUGACAUCAACCUUGGAAUUCUUGCCCGCCUUGCGCAAGCUUCUCUCCUACCUUCCAUCGUCCAAAUCCAGUAUCGUCCGUGCGCAGGCGGACGGUAUGCUUGAGUUUAUCAGAAAAGAGGCCGACCAACGUUCGAAGACGCUAAAUCCAGGCGUGAAUAGGGACUUCAUCGAUGCUUACCUCAAGAAGAUAAACGAGUGUAACGGAGACAACUCAAGCUUCAAUUUACGGAUUUUGAUGGGCAAUGCCCAGAAUCUGUUCGGAGCCGGCACAAACACAGUCAGGGCCAGCAUAGAGUGGAAUUUGCUCAGCUGCGCUCGUGACCCCGAAGGUGUUCAGAGGAAGCUUCAGCAAGAGGUUGACAACAUCGUAGGCCGGCAACGAGCUCCCGAAUGGGAGGACAGACACAGGAUGCCCUACACCAUGGCUUUCAUCUGGGAGGUGCUUCGUUGGAGGACACCGACUCCGCUGGGACCCAUAAGGAUGGUUGAUCGCGAUACCACUAUAGGUGGUUUCCACGUUCCCGCCGAGACUGUGGUUCUUUCUAAUUUCUGGGCAGUCCACCACGAUCCUAAGGUGUGGGAACAUCCUUUCGAUUUCGACCCUACUCGAUUUUUGAAUGCGGAUCACACUGUACUACUGCCGAAGCCAGCGGCUCUCAUGCCUUUCAGUACAGGCAGACGGAUGUGCCCCGCUGAAACGCUCGCCGUCAUGGAGAUCUUCAUGUACGUGACGACCCUGAUGCAAAAGUUCACGGUGCUGCCCAAGGAAGGGGAGACAAUUUCGAUGGACAUUCACCAAGGAUUAAUCAACAGUCCCCUUCACAGCCAAGAGCUCCGAUUUCUGGCGAGAUGAGGGACACCUUUGCGAUGUUGUUCGACGGUCGUUUGCAAACUUUUUUUUUUUGGGGGGGGGGGGGGGGGGGGGGGGGGGGGGGGGGGGAUUCUAGGACAAGCUAUUGCAGCGAUCGAUUCAAUGUUUACUCAUGCAAUGAACGAGUAAAUAUUGUUGCGUGCUCUAAUUUUUUUAUUCAAUAUUAAAGCCAAGUGGGUGAUAAGUCUACACCGCGUACUCAGUAUUAUAUUUAUUCAUUCGGCAAAAACGCAACUUAGAUAUAAAAAAAAAACUUUGAUACAAAAAUUUGAGAAAAGCUCUUGUAGACAUCUCUAUUUUGACACUGAGCACAUGGUGUAAAAUUAUUACUCUCUUAACGAGAAAAACGACAGGUACAUAAUAUUAUUUACUCGUUAAUCACCUAAUUAAUUAUUUAACCUACGAAAUAGUUUGCCCUAGAACUCCGUAAAAACAGGGAGCACGUUAACUAAGUUACCUUUGAGUAUGAAUCUUCAAAGGUCCCAUUGGUCAAUAAAAAAAAAGUCUUCUACCAAUUCAA